AUGAGGCGGACACCCGCGGUUUGGGGCGGCUUCACGAUGAAGUACAAGAAGGGCACUGGCCUCUGGGAUGAGGACCACGUUAAUGACUACAAGACAAACCGGUACCUUUCAGCCCGCGCGACGAUGCGGUGGUACUGCGAGAUGGAGCGGCUGAUGACGCGCAACAACCUCAACGCACGGCGGGGCACGCAGAGUUACAACAACAACAGGGGGCUGCACCACAGUGGCCGCGGCGCCUUUGAGCGUGAGGCGGAGCGCCGCGGCGUGCAAGUGGAGAAGUACGCGCUCACCACCACGACGGGGGCGAUGCGUGUGGCGGAGAUGGUGGUGCUGCGGCGUAUGGAGCUCGAGAAGAAGUCCGCGGAGGCGAUGGCAGCACAACGUGAUGCUCUGCGGCAGCCACAGCCGUCGGCGUGGUACGACGAAACGAGGGGACCCCUCAACCCGGAGUUCCUGCGCCGAAUGCGGUCGCACUACGAGGUGGACAUCACCGCCCUGCCAGACGCCCCGCUCAUACGCGAGCAGCAAGGAGAACAACGAGAGGGGCAGGUGCAACAGCAGCAGUAG